UCGGCACGAGAGUUCAGAAAUGGCAAUGAAAUGUGCAGGUUGCAUCUUGGUUCGGCCACUUUCCCGCGAAACCUGGCGGCGAAGGAACAUCCUAUGUCGCGCCAAGACUUCUUGGACAAGAUCAGUCUUAAGAAGCCUUGGGGAGGCCAAGGAGGGCGGCGUUCUCUUGCCAGGAGGGCGGGCGAUGCUCCACGCGUGGCCGGUUACAGUUCGCAGUUGUGUAGGUAACGUGUUGAGGUCGGGGCGGGGACGGGGGAGAGUCGGAGUUGUCCCGCCGACGAUCACUGCCUCUAGACGGUACAACAUGGAUCGGGGAUCGGGUUACGAGGAGGCAGUCCAGACGUUGAACACUUUACAGACCAAUGCUCAGACCCUGGAGCGGAUUCGGAGGGAGCGGGGAAGGAACGCUCACAACAGUAUCCCCCAGAUGCAGUCUUUCAUGGACAGGAUAGGGAUCACACUGGAUGAACUUGAUGGGUUGUCUGUGAUCCAUGUGAGCGGUACCAAGGGAAAGGGUUCUGUGUGUGCCAUGUGUGAGAGCAUUUUACGCUCUCAUGGUUACAAGACUGGCUUUUACAGUUCGCCACAUUUAGUGCAGGUCAGGGAACGCAUCAGGAUAAAUGGCAAGCCCAUCUCAAGGGACAACUUCAGCAAGUAUUUCUGGUCCUGCUACAACAGACUCGCACAAACAAAGGAUGCCCAUGACGGCAUCAUGCCAGCAUAUUUCCGGUUUCUCACCCUCAUGGCCUUCCAUGUGUUUAUAGAGGAAAAGGUUGAUGUUGCAGUGAUAGAAGUUGGAAUCGGUGGAGCCUAUGACUGUACAAAUGUGGUCAGAUCUCCUGUUGUUUGUGGGAUCACUUCUCUGGGUCUGGACCAUCAACCUCUACUGGGGAACACCAUAGACAAGAUCGCCUGGCACAAGGCUGGCAUUAUCAAGACUGGCAUCCCUGCGUUCACAGUGGAACAACCCGAAGGAGCUAUAGAAGUCAUAGCCAACCAGGCCAAAGAAGUCAAGGCACCAUUACACCUGAGUCCCAGUCUGGACAGGUAUGACUGGGAGGGUCGUGAGGUCAGGUUGGGUCUGCCCGGAGACCACCAGCGAAUCAAUGCUACCCUGGCGCUUCAGCUGUGCCACACAUGGCUACAGAGGAGGGGCGAGACUCAGGAACUGGGCAGUAUAGCCAAUGGGGAGCUGGAGGCCACGAGUAGUAGCAGUGAGGGUUCCAGCAGUCAUUACAAUAAGGAGGACAGAAACGAAGACGACACAGUCCCUACCGCCAAGCCGUUCACCAUCACUGAGCGCUUUGCUCAAGGUUUGGCAGGGAAAUGUGUAGAGUCUUGCCUGUGGCCAGGGCGUAGCCAGACGCUGAAGCGGGGAAACGUUACGUACUAUCUGGACGGCGCCCACACUCAGCGGAGCGUCCAGGUGUGCGUGAAGUGGUUCCGCGAGACGGCGCUGAUGGAAGAAAAGACGAUCAACGGACCCGUGGCACGUGUUCUUCUCUUUAACGUGACGGGAGACAGGAAUCCGCUGUCUCUACUGAAACUUCUCAUGCCCUGCCAGUUUGACUGUGCUGUGUUCAGCCCUAACAUUGCAUACUUGGACGUAGGAGCAUCGGCAGAUCAAACCAACUUCACAGUCACCCACGAGACGCAGAUCUCAAGAUGUGCUGUGGAGAAGACACUGUGGGAGGAGCUUCACCAACAGGAUGCCAUCCAAUCAGAAGUGCCCUUACAAACCAGGAGUCCGGUGGACCACAACCAAUCAGGAGACGGGUUACAGGUGGAUUAUGUAGAGAAGGCAUGCUCUACCUCAAACGGGCCAAUCAAAAGGGUGCAAGUUGGCGCCAGUGGAUCUGUGCCAUCCAAGUUUUACUGCACGGACAGUACUAUUGUUGCAGGAAACAGCAAAGAUCAUUCAUCAGAAGAAGAAAACGCAAACUCUGCCAAAGCACGCGUGUUUCCGUGCAUCAGCGAUGCUCUCUCCUGGAUACAGCAUGGCAAGGACAAGGAGCUCUCAAGGUCAAACUCCUCCCAGUGCCAUCCUCACUCCUCAUUGGAUGAGGCUGUUCACAUCCAGGUGCUCAUAACUGGUAGCUUGCAUCUGAUUGGUGGAGCCCUAAAAGUCCUGGAUCCAACCAUGUCAGACUAGUAUUGAUGUAAUCAUUUUGGUGGUGUUUUGACUCAAUUUAAGACUGACAAAAUGAAGAACAUUAAGAUAUUUUAUUACAGUUUUUACAUACAUGUUAUUGUAUUUGUGAGGACAGGAAUUUCUUAAUAUGGGAUAUUACAUUAGCUAUCACUGUAAUAUAAAAAAAGGAAGUGAAGUUUAUUUGGGGAAACCUGCUGUUACAUUUUUUCAGAUAUGCCACAUUCAUGACAUUUAAGACUAUGAGCAGAAUUCUUGAUUGUCCAUCAACCAAUUGUGGAAAUCAGCCAGGCAAUGAGAUCCUGUGAUGUCUCUUUACAUCAUAUAAUUUUAUUUAUGCAGUGUUUAUGAAUUCUCAUAUGCAGAAAUAGAAAAGUAUAGAAGUCAAACUUUAUCUGCUGGAUAGUCUGUCUAUAUCUGUUGUUUGAAAAGCAUUAACAAGGGAUGUCAAGUCAACAGACAGUGGUUUCAAAUGAAAAUAUUUUGAUAUCCCUUAAUUUUUAAUACCCAGUUUUUCAAAACAAUGGAUAUACAUGUAGGUUACCCCACUGAUAAAGGUUAACUUGUAUUCCAUUGGUGUCAAAUGGAAUGUGUCUGACAUUAUCAUGUUUUAUAAUGCAGUUGU